AUGGAUACACCGUCAUCUGAGCCCGCGUUGGCGCCAGAUUCUUCCACGUCAGCAGAGGACGUGGAGGAGGUUGAGAUUGAGGUGGUGGACGAGCCGCGUCGCGCGGAUUUUCAGGAGAAAGUGCGGCGUUUGCGGCAGGGAGUGGCGUCUAUGUUCGUGGACGCGGACAGGGUGGUGCUGGUUACCAGUAACAUCAAGGCAGACUCGUGUUACUCUGUCGUUCACCAGGAGCGAAUUCUCCUUUCUUCCCCCCUCUCCCCCUGUCUCCCCCCCACCCCCAUUUCAGGGAGUGGCGUCUAUGCUCAUGACUCUAGGCUCAUGACUCUAGGUCGCGGGUUCAAACUCGAGCCAGACACAGGGGACAUGACCGUUCCUUCCGUCCCCCCGUCUCCCCUCCAUCUUUCCAUCCCACUUUCUCCCCAAUUUUCGCCGAACCCACUUCCCGGCUCUAGGCUCAUGACUCUAGGUCGAGGGUUCAAGCCCGAGCCUGACACAGGGGACAUUCUCACCCCGAUAUUCGCUGAGCUAAGAGCCACUCUUACCCCCUUCGAAGUGGGUAAAUACCGGAUUCUAGCCCGGCAGUGCGGGGAGCUCCUGGGGGAGGUGGCGCGGGGGUUAAGGAGGGGGAUGACUGAGAAGGAGGUGGCAGGGGCGGUGGCGGGCGCGUGUUACUCGAGGGGAAUUCACCCUAUUUUAUUGCUGGUGGGGGCAGAUGAGAGGAUGGACAAGUGGCGGCAUCCGCUGCCCACUUCUAGUGUUGCAAAGUUACGGCUCAUCAUAACCCUCUCCGGUUGGCGUCACGGGCUUAUCGCCUCUCUCUCCCGCGUCAUCCACUACCUGCUCCCCUCCGACUCGCCCCUUCGAUACAAGCACGCCGCUGUCACCUACGUGGAUAGCGUUGUCAUCGCCCUCCCUGCUAGCUCUUCCUCUUCCGCAUCUAUUUUUGUAACCUUUUCUCCUCUCUCGCCCUCCACCUUUCCCCCUUACGCCCCCUCCCUCGUUACAGUCACGCCUUCUCAUAACCCUCUCCGGGCGGCGUCACGGGCUUAUCGCCUCUCUCUCCCGCGUCAUCCACUUCGGCCCGCUCCCCUCCGACUCGCCCCUUCGCCACAAGCACACAGCUGUCACCUACGUGGACAGCGUUGCCAUCGCCAGCACGCGUGUCGGCGCCACGUCAGACACAAUCAUGGCGAGAAUCCAACGGGCCUAUGA